GCGGACGACUUCGUCCGAGCGAACGCCUGCAAUAAGCUGACCAUCAUCGCCGAGCAGAUCCGGUCCUUGCAGGAGCAGGCUCGGAAGGUCUUGGAUGAAGCUAACAGAGAUGCUGAUCUGCACCACGUGGCCUGCAACCUUGUGAAGAAGCCAGGAAACGUUUACUACAUGUACAGGCGGGAGAGUGGCCAACGAUACUUCUCCAUCCUGUCUCCUAAGGAGUGGGGGACCAGUCCCCAUGAGUUUCUCGGUGCCUAUAAGCUCCAGCACGACAUGUCCUGGACUCCGUUUGAGGACAUUGAGAGACGAGAUGCUGAAAUGGACAUCCUGGACAAGCUGCUGAGCCGGCAGGCAGCACUGCCCCCGUGUACGGAGCCCAACUUCCAGGGCCUGACCAAGUGA